AUGGAAUAUGCCACAGACGAGCAGAGCGCGAGAUUGCUCUCACCCCUCCGGCCGACCACGGCUACCGUUGCCGCUCUCCCAGGCCCCGAGCCGUUCUCCUCUGACGACACGCAGAAACGCAUGGAGAGCCCGGAGAUCUUGUGUUUGCAACCAGCAGCUUGGGCAGCAGUGCCCGCGUACGCGAAGUCCGCACGUGGUGGAUCGGUCGUCGUGCUGUGCGCCGAGUAUGCCUCUCCUCUCGCUAUACCCACGGCGCGUUCUGCCACGCAGUAG